AUCUAAGAUUUUCACCAUGAAAUUACAAAAUUAUUCACAAUUCACAAAAUUACAUCAGUUAUUUUUAUAAUCAUAAAAUUCACAUAAAUAUUUUGCAUAAUAAAGUUACGACUUUUGUAAGUGAGAGAUAUUAUGUGAUAACAUACAAUUAUUUUUAAUAAUGUGAUAUUUUUUAUAACAUUAAAAAUCAUAAUCAAAAUUGCCAUAAUCGUGAUCGAUAAAAAAAUGAUAACUUAUGAUUGUAUGUAAAUGGCUUUAAAAAUCACAAUUACAUGAAAAUGUAACACAAGUCAUAUAAUAGAAAAAUUAUUUAGGUUAUGUUUAUCAAAAUGAUAUUGUUUUUAUAUAACUUUAAUCUUAAAGAAUGAAUUAUAUUAAAAUUAUAUUUAAAUUAAAGUGAUUUGGUGAUAAAAAUAACCUUAGAUUCACAAUAUUCCAUAUAUUUUAUGAGGAUAUACAAGAGAGUUGAAUCAGUUAUUGCGAGUCUAUAUUUUGUUGAACCUCGUUCUAUUGUCCCAAUUAUUGAUUUUGUAUUUGCAAUUGAUGUGAUGAUCAAGAGACGAAUUUAUUCAUCUCUUAUUCUGUUUGCAUCAUGGAGAAAUAAAAAUAAUUCAUUAAUUAAACAUAAUCUGUUUCAGGAACAGAAGAAUAUAUGAUGCUAUCCUCACUAUUUCUAGAUUAAGCAGAUGUAUGUCAUGUGACUAAGUAUCCGACAAAACCAAGCGUGUCUGCAACUGUGUUUGGAACUUGUCAUUAUUAUUAUUAUUUUAGAAAAUAUUAUUUGGUGAUCUCGUCUGCAAUGUCCAAGAUGAUGGCGUCCUCUAUAUAUGUAUUUUUUCGAAACAAUUGGUCGGCACAAUCUUUGACAAUCUUUUAAACAGCAUUUUUUCCCUGGAAUUGGAUCAAGAACUUUUUUAUGAAUUAUCCUAUUGCUUAUCAUAAAAUCCAGCUCUACUUUCCGCAGUCGAAUUUGACCGUAAGGAUACCAUAUCUUUCGCGAAACGGAGGGGAAUUUUCGUGGAACUUGAAAUUGCUCGAGUUGAAGACUCUUCGAAACGACUCCGAACCAAGUCACGCAAAGUAUCGCAUCAAAGUUCCCCACGAACAAAUUGCUUCGAUAGAUACCGAAACGAACACCCUAUUAUUGCACGAUCUUUCGAAAGAAGACACAUCUGAAAAUCAUACGAUCGUGGUACUGGCGAGAGAAAAUGGCAGCAACGAGGCCGUAUUGGAAAUCAAGGUGAAACCAUCGCGUGUUAAUGGAAUGCAUAUUAAUUGCACAGAUUACGUUCAGGACAUGUGUUUUUGGAAUACGUCAAGAUAUAAAAUUUACGAAAAUCAACCAAUCGCGAUGAUCGGCACAUUUGGACCUGGAUUUUAUACAAAUAUUUGCCCGAAUUUUCAUGUCACUGAUUACAAACUAUUAAACGGUACAGAAUAUUUUCACGUGACGAAGAACACGUUAUUCUCUAACGCAUUACUGGAUAGAGAUUCAUUGGGCCCAGCACCUGAAGGACCAGGUCCCCGUGUCGUCCUUCAAGUUCAAUGCGUCGUUUGGGAGGGAAUCACUGGUAUACAAUACGCGCCCAUUAAUACUUUGCACAUUGAUAUUUUGGAUCAAGACGACAAUCCACCGAUGGCUCAGGGAAAUGAUUCCAUCGCUAUAACGCUCCAAGAAUUCACCACGGGUGAUAAAUUAGUAGACGACAACAAACUAAUACUAAAGGACGCGGAUAUGGAAAGCAGCAAUAGAUACACUAUUUGCAUUCUCGGUGAUAAUAAUGAUGCUUUGAACUUCACUUAUAAUACGUUGCCAAUCGAAGCUUCGAAAGGAGUACCUUACACCGCUAUAUUUACAAGAAUUUCCGCAAAAACCACUCUCUUACCAAAGUCUCCUUAUCGGGUCAUUCUUCAAGUAAAAGACGAAUCUCUCAUUCCAGGAUAUGGGGAAAACACGUUAAACAUCACUCUAACUUUCUAUGGGCCGGAACAUCGAACAACUACGUCAACCUUAUCGCCAAUACCAUCGAACAAACAGCAAUCGUUUUCUUAUCCCUCAAAUGUGAAAGUUGCUCGAAUCGCAUCACGUUACACCCGAAUCACCAAACCAACUAGCGAACCGCAUCCCUCAAUAACAUUUACCAUUUAUGGAUCGAGCGCAUUCGCUAUCACAUACAGAGGAGGUAUAAUCUAUGUUGCUAAUGAAGAUCUGCUCAAAACAGAACCAUCUAAUUUAUCGCUUAAAGUGAAAUGGAACGGAAAAGAUCGUACUUCCUUGAAGACUAUAAGAAUCAACUUGACAACGUCGAAAAUGGACACGUGCAGCAACCACAACAAAAUCACUCGAUCGCAUUCCUGCGCCAAUGCGGAAACACCGGAGGACUGCGAAUCCAGCUGCGGGGUCGCCAGUGGAUUUUAUAGCAGAGGCAACUUUUCCGGGCAAUGCAUAUGGAGAUGGAACAAACGGUCGAAUCAAGUUUCCAUGAUGUCCGAUCAUUAUCCUACCUGCUCCCCGGAUUUGUCGUAUUGCCCCGACAAUAUGUGCGACGAGCUCGAACAAUUGGAUCCUCGGAUUUGCCCACAAGAUUGUACAGUCGAACCGGAUGUGCAUUUUGCCGAUAUGAACAAAAACGGACGUGGAAUCAAAAGUGGUUUAGGAACUUGCGCGUGCAACGAUGUGUUGCAAUGCACUUGCAAUGUGGAUCGUUUUCGUAUAAAAGAUACUGAGAAGGAUAAUAAAGAGAGAAAGGAAUCAAAAGAAGAGAAGGAGGGGAAAUCGCAAAAUCAAGAAGAUAAGAUUGUUGUAACUGGCGCUCGAAAAGUGUCUCAUGGACCGUGUGGACCUAUUUGUAUGAUAGGCGUGAUUGGAGGCAGUUUCUUCGUAUUGAUAGUGAUCAUUGGUUCUUUCGUCACAUCGAGAUAUAGAUUAGCUGCAAAAGAAGCUCGUCGAGAAGGAAAACGAAGAGUCGAUGGUGAUUCAAAUGUUGUUGGCAUACUAUCCUCCGACUAUGUUGACAGAGGAGAUGGUUUGCUUAUCGGCUUGGAUACCUUUACUGCAGCGAAUCGCCACCUUCUUCCUAAAAUGUCUCCGCCGGAUCCAAAAUGGGAGUUCCCACGAUCGCGAUUGACCAUCGAACAAGUACUCGGCGAAGGAGAAUUUGGUAGGGUGUUACGCGCUAAAGCGAUCGACAUAGGAGGAAUCCCAGGAUCCACAACUGUCGCGGUGAAAACAUUAAAGGAAAACGCGUGUGCCUCCGAAUUGGCAGACUUAUUGUCAGAAUAUCAGCUACUAAAAGAGGCUCAACAUCCGAACGUGAUCAGAUUGCUGGGCGCUUGCACCACACCCGGGGCUCCUGUCUAUCUCAUCAUCGAAUUCGCGGAGUUUGGCUCGUUGCGAAAUUAUUUAAGGCGUAAUCGACAUCUGGAAUCCGAGGCAAGAACUGGUGGAUGUUCGGCUUUAUCUAACGUCACUGUUGGUGAAACAAAUGGAACAUCCGUUUGCACAGUCAUGCCACGCGAUAUCCUCUCCUUUGCUUGGCAGAUUAGCAAAGGAAUGGCCUAUUUAGCCGACAUUAAGUUGGUUCAUAGAGAUCUCGCAGCCAGAAAUGUAUUACUUGCAGCCGAGAAAGUUUGUAAAAUUUCGGAUUUUGGAUUAACUCGUGAUGUCUAUGAAGAUGAUGCGUAUUUAAAGCGCAGCAAAGGACGAGUGCCAGUAAAAUGGAUGGCACCUGAAUCUCUUGCGGAUCAUGUAUAUACUAGCAAAUCAGAUGUUUGGAGUUUUGGUAUUCUUCUUUGGGAAUUGGUCACUUUAGGUGCAUCUCCUUAUCCCGGUGUAGACGUGCACAAUCUCUACAAUUUACUCAAAGCUGGAUACCGUAUGGAAAGACCAACAAAUUGUUCAUUACAGUUAUACAAACUGAUGAUGUCAUGUUGGCAUCAAGAAUCUGUUAUCAGGCCAUCAUUUAAGGAACUUACUAAUCAUUUGGAAAAAAUGUUAGAGGAUAGCGUUGAAUAUUUGGAUUUGAAUCCAAGAACUGUUGACAAUCAGGCUUAUUUUGCUUCGCUUCAUGCUUUGGACAGUCCAUGUAGUUCUGGUAACGAUGCUAUGGAAGAUUGUGAAAUUAAGGGUUUGAAGAUAGAUGUCGUCAACUACUUAGAAAAACCUUGUUCUGAUACGGUGACUAAGUGUGACAAGAUUGACAAGCUCCAUACUUUUUGGCAAGAAUCUCUAACGACCUCUUCCGAAAAAUCCGUUAAGUUAUAUAUAAAUGAUCAAUCAUCGAAUUUUCAAGUGAAUCAUUAUGAGAGUCCUAUCAAAUUUAAAAAUAUUAGCGUAAUCAGUAAUAGCGAAAAUGAUUUAGUCAUAUCAACGAACGGACACUUGCCAUCUUAUAUAGAUAUGGAAGGUAAGAAAUCCUUAAAGAUAAAAACAGAGAUAAAAACAGAAACAGAAGAGGAAGCAGAAAUGAAAGAAUUACUUGUUUUUGCCAAUGAAAAUGAUAUUGAUGAAAGUCAAUCUGAGGAUGUUCUAAAAAAAUCACAAAAAAAUUUAACGAAUAUGAAAAAAUAAUGAUUUUGAGACGAUAACUAGCAUAUUUUUUCAUUUGAAAAAAAUAUUGUUUUAACAAUGUUAUUUUAACAAUGAUUGUGUAUAUAUUUAUAUUAAAUCUAAAGAAAUAGAAUGUGAAAAUUUUUGCAAGCAUAAAAAAUAUUGUCAACACGUAUUUUGCUUUAUAAUAAUAAUUUAGUCUUACGAA